AUGCAGGUCUCAUGCUUGGCUGUCUCCAAAGACGGCAAGAAUCUUGCUGCAGGGAAAAUUACCUCUAUGGGUCUUGAAGCCGAGCUCUGCAUAUGGGAUCUGGCAUCUAAAAAGUUGACUCAGCGUUGCCUCUUGCACAAGGGAAGAAUUCAGGCGCUUUCCUUCUCCCCUUGCGCGUCAUUAUUGGCCUCCAUCGGAGGGCCAGACGACAACUCUUUGGUCAUUUGGGAGAUAGGCACAGGGAAGGCACUGUGUGGUUCGCCAAUGUCAGCCUCGGCGGUUGCAUUUUUCAACAGAGACUCUGAGCGGCUGGCAACCUGUGGCAUUGACAGCAGCAUGCACAUCUGGCAGCUGGACCGGGCUGCCCGCAAACUGACAGCGAUCAGCGUGCAGCUGGGCCUGUGCCGGCGCAACUUCACAAUACUUGACAUCUCUGAGGACGACCGCUACCUGUAUGUAGGGAGCACAUCAGGGGAUGUUGCCGAGCAGGUGAGCACAGAGCACAAGCGGCUGUGCAGGAGCGGACCGGCGCGCAAAGGCGCGCUCAGCACAGUGUCAGCUUUACGAUGCUUGCCGGGAGGCAUUCUGCUCGUGGGUGGUGGCGAGGGCCGCCUCAUUGCAAUGGACACAGCCCAGUCAGAGCAGCAGCAGCAGGCGGCAGGGAGGGGCCCUCUGUCAAUUAUGGCUGAAGCGCGUCUGCCAGACGGCGUCACCGGCAUUGCUGUGCACCCCUCCAGCGGAGAGUUGAUCCAACAGUUGAGACACACGGCACACUGCAGCGCGGUCAACGAUGUGGUAUUUCCGCAUGGGUCUUCAGACUUGAUUGCAUCAUGUUCGUAUGAGGAGAUCAGAGUUUGGAACAUCACAUCAUGCACAGAGCUGCUGCGCAUCCGUCUGCCUGGCCUGGACUGCCUUUGUCUUGCAAUCACUCAGGAUGGAAAGAGCAUUAUUGUUGGGUGCUCUGAUGGCACCAUACGCGCACAUGCGCCUCAGACAGGCUCACAGCAGUACAUCAUACACGAUGCACAUCACACAGCAGUACUCGCACUGGAAGUCACAUCGAAUGGGACCACUCUUAUCAGCGGGGACAACCAAGGCUACCUGCGCGUUUGGCGCAUUGGUCCCGGCUCACAGACCUUGCUUAUGUCCCUCAAAGAGCACAAGGGUGCCAUCAACAGAAUAAGUGUUGGGCGCUUGCAUCCGCAAGACUGUGUGACCGCAAGUUCCGAUGGCUCCUGCAUAAUCUGGGACCUGACCACUCUCAAGAGAAAGUGCAUGAUGAGCGCCAAUGCUUUCUUCAAGGAUGCUGCGUGGUCCUCUGAUGAGAGCCAGCUGGUCACUGCAGGUACUGACCGCAAACUGGUGUAUUGGGACUGUUACACUGGAGAGUCCAUUCGGGAGCUGGAGGGCUCACGCACUGAGCCCAUGCUCAGCGCUGCAGUGCACCCAGCUGGCAGCAUUCUGGCCAGUGGGGGCGCAGACCAUCUUGUCAGGCUCUGGCGCUAUGAUGAGGGCGUCUGCUUUGCUGUUGGAUAUGGACACACGGGGGAAGUGCGGCGCUGUGUGUUCAGCCCAGAUGGAAAGAUGCUGGUCACAGCAGACUCGCACGGUGCUUUAAAAUUCUGGGACGUUUCCAAGCUGUGA